AUGAAAGACAUUAAGGAGGAUCUGGUUAAAAAUUUGUGGGGGGAUGAUGAAGUGGACUUUUCUUUUUCUGCUUCGGUAGGUCUUUCUGGUGGUUUAUUGUCAAUAUGGAGGACUCAGACUGUUACUGUCGAGGCCAGCUUCUCAGGGCCGGGUUUCUUAGGUUCAAAGGUUUUAUGGAAGGGAGAAUACUACUACAUUUUCAAUAUCUAUUCAGAUUGUGCUUGGUCUCAAAAACGUCUUUUAUGGGCUCGUUUGAUUGAGUGGAAAAACAAGUAUCAAGAUGGGGAAUGGAUAAUGGCGGGAGAUUUCAACGCGAUUAAAAAAAGGAGCGAGAGAUGUGGCAUUUCAUCUAGAAUUUGCAAUUCCGAAUGGAGAGAUUUCUCGGAUUUCAUCGACGACGCGGGGCUUGCAGAUGUGCCUUGUAAAGGCAAACGAUUCAUAUGGUUUAGUGGAGAUGGAAAAAUAAAGAGUAGAAUAGAUAGAUUUCUAAUUUCUAACAAGGUCAUCAUGUCUUGGGGGGUGGUGGGACAAUGGAUAGGAAUGAGAUAUAUUUCCGAUCAUUGUCCGGUUUGGUUGAUGGUAGACAAGGAGGAUUGGGGCCCAAAACCUUUCAAGUUCAACAAUGAAUGGUUUAGUGACAAAAGUUUUUUUGAUUUUGUUAAGAAGGAGUCAUAG